AGGAGGAUCCAGUCUCAGAACACACACACAAAGACACACCCACUCUCACACACACACUUCAGCAGACUGUCAAACAAACCAGGAGGGAGGAUCUGAACCGGAGCACAUGCUUUCCCAAAAACUCCCGGAUGGGCUCUCUGAGUUUCAAACCACAAAAAAAUGCCCCCUAAAGCGAACAGGAAGUGAGCUGAGAAACAUCCUGAAGACGUUCAUCAGACAUCUUCAUCUCCUGCAGACAAUCCAGGAAUUAACCUGACCAAUAAGGACAAAAACAGCUGGCAGUCUGAAGGAGGCAGCACAAACCAGAGGAAGAGACACACGUUUGAAAAUGGAACAGAAUACUCGGAUUUGGCACAUGCAAGCCCCACCCCAGGAAGUGCCAGGAGAGGUGCAAAAGAAAGUGUCGGUGGCCAGCCAGCCAGAGUGCUCCAUCUGCUACAACACCUAUGACAAUAUCUUUAAAACGCCAAAGUUGCUGGAGUGCACCCACACCUUCUGUCUCGAGUGCCUUUCCCGUCUCAUGGCAGUCUCGCUAUCCGACCCGGAUGAGAGCAGUGGAAGCAUGCACCUGUCUUGCCCCUUCUGCCGUCACCCCACCAUGUUGCCAGAAGAGGGACCCCCAGCCUUGGCCACCAGCCGCGAGGUGCUCUGCAAACUGCCCGUCCACCAGCAGCACGAGGAGCCAGUGUGGCUGGAGGGAGAAAAGCUGUGCUACAAGAGCUCCAGUCAGAAUGCCUUUUCAGGUGCCCCCGACAGUCCCACGGCCUUCUGCAUCUGCGUUGACAUCGGGGCCAAUAAGUCAGUGGACACUCCUGUCCAGACGAGGCCCAGGACUCACAGCCUGAUGAGCAGGCUGUCAGACUGGAAGAGGAUGGCUCUCUUCAUUGCACUCAUGGUGCUGCUCAUUGUAGUUGUCUUGUGGCCUCUGCAGUGCAUAUUCAGCACUGGAAACAUGCGCUGCAUUAGAGAUCGACAGCAAAUCCCCACUACCACCACUACAACCACUCCUUUUACUCCCAUCACCAGGAUGUCUGGUCAGAAAGGAUAAGAGCAUCUAGUUGUCCCAACUGGAAACUUUCAGCUGAACACCGAUUGCCCCC